AUGAGCGAAACAUCUACUAUGACGAGUGAUGUAAGUAGCUCCGAUACGUCCGAUCCUACCACUAGUCCCGCCUUUUCCGAUAUAAUACACGGCGAAGAUCUUGAAUUCAGAAAAGAACAUGAAAAUCCAUUUCCAAUACGACAUAAAUUCGAACCAUUAGGAAAAAUCACACCACCAAGCAUACUAUCACGAUGUUCAAAUACCCAGCUCGUCACUAUGGCGGGUGCAGCAUCUGGGUUUUUAGCAGGUGUUGUAGUAUGCCCCCUUGAUGUCAUCAAAACGAGACUUCAAGCCCAACAAGACAAGGCACAUAGAUUAGGGUUUCGACAAAUGUUGACCAAGAUACUACGCACUGAAGGAAUAAGAGGGCUAUAUCGUGGGUUGGUACCAAUCACCAUAGGGUACCUCCCCACAUGGACAAUCUACUUUACAGUUUAUGAAAGAGCCAAAAAAUUUUACCCACAGUUUAUACAGCGGCACUGGGAUAUCAAUAGUCCUGCAUUGAACCAUUUUUGCUCCGCAAUAACGGCCGGAAUGACCAGUUCGAUCGCUGUAAAUCCAAUUUGGGUUGUUAAAACCAGGUUAAUGAUACAAUCAAAUACAAAAUCUUCACCAACUGAUGUUGUAUACAAGGGAACCAUUGAUGCAUUCAGGACAAUGUAUCAAGAAGAAGGAAUUAGAGUGUUUUAUAGUGGAUUGGUGCCGUCUUUGUUUGGCUUAAUUCAUGUGGGGAUUCAUUUUCCCGUUUACGAAAAGAUGAAGUCGUGGUUGCAUUGUAGCACCAUUGAUCAGCAAAACGAAGUGCCAGGACUUUUAUGGAGACUAAUUGCAGCGUCUUCCAUCUCCAAAAUGAUUGCUAGUACAAUCACAUAUCCACAUGAGAUUUUGCGUACUCGAUUACAAAUGAGAAAAAAUGGAGACAAGCAAGUUAGUAAAGCAAACGCCAAGGGGUCUCUUAUCAAGACUAUCUCCGACAUUUAUCAUAAAGAGGGAUUACGUGGUUACUACGCUGGUUACGUUACAAAUUUGAUUAGGACUGUGCCUGCAAGUGCAGUCACAUUAGUUAGUUUUGAAUACUUCAAGACGUAUUUGUUGGAAAUCGGUGGCAAAGCUAAGAAGAUGGCACAUUGA